AUGACCGUUGGCGUUAUUUGUAUCAUAGGAAAUGUCUUGGUUUGUCACAUCAUCGUUAGACUUAAAUCCAUGAAGACGUCCAUGAAWUACAUUAUACUAAACCUCGCCAUACUUGACGCCAUGACUGGUUUCUUUGGAAUAUUUUUAGUUAUCACAAGCGAUAGCAAUGGCGUUCUUGGUCCACCAGUACUCCAACAGGCAUACAAUCACAGUAAAACAUUAACUGAAGUGCUUUGUAAAGUCAGUUGUGCAUAUUGGUUCGGUGGAGCUGUUUCUCCUCUAUUACUAACCGCAAUGGCGUUCGAAAGGUAUAAAGCUAUCGUCUAUCCUCUUUCAACACUUGGAGCUGGAGGCACAAAAGCAAGACUUAAAUGGAUUUUCCUUUUYUCGUGGCUCUCAGGGUUUGGAUUCUAUAAUAUUGACAUGAUWACCGCUCAAUAUAACAGCAAAUAUGUCAUUUGUGGUUACAGAGAUUACUCAUGGUUCARCCGCAAGAUCUACUUUAUGGUGUAUGCCAUUGGGAUGUACAUUAUUCCUYGCAUUGCUAUGAUUAUUUUCUAUAGUCGUGCAAUUCUUGCUUUAAGAAGGCCUGAUCAAGUACUUUCAAGUCAAAUUGAGGGUCGGCGAGCCAGAAAUAACGCUCGAAAAAGAGUCUUAAAAGCAGCCAUGUUAGUGACUUGUAUAUUUUAUAUUUUGUGUGGACUACCUUACACUCUUAUUGGUCUGGAUGAAUUGCUUGGAUUUUUUUCAUUUCAGAUGAGGAAUGAUUUGUUGUAUGGAACUGCUACUYUGUUUGUAACUUUAAGCUCUGCAAUUAAUCCUUUCGUAUAUUUCAUCUUGAUCAAGUCAUUUCGCGAUAGUUUUCAUCGUGUUUUCAACUGUCAGAGAGAGCGAAUGCGUUGA